AUGGGAGCAGGUCCUGGAGGAAAAGAAGCAGCAACAGGAGGUAGAGGAUUGAAGGAGGUGGAGGAGGACGUGAAAGAAGAAAAAGAUAAGAAGGGACAACAUCCUUAUAUCCUAACUACUAGUCCUUAUAUCCUAACUCCUAGUCCUUAUAUCCUAACUCCUAGCCCUUAUAUCCUAACUCCUAGUCCUUAUAUCCUAACUCCUAGCCCUUAUAUCCCUAGUCCUUAUAUCCCAACUCCUAGUCCUUAUAUCCUAACUCCUAGUCCUUAUAUCCUAACUACUAGUCCUUAUAUCCCAACUCCUAGUCCUUAUAUCCUAACUCCUAGCCCUUAUAUCCUAACUCCUAGUCCUUAUAUCCCAACUCCUAGCCCUUAUAUCCUAACUACUAGUCCUUAUAUCCCAACUCCUAGUCCUUAUAUCCUAACUACUAGUCCUUAUAUCCUAACUCCUAGCCCUUAUAUCCUAACUACUAGUCCUUAUAUCCCAACUCCUAGCCCUUAUAUCCUAACUACUAGUCCUUAUAUCCCAACUCCUAGUCCUUAUAUCCUAACUAUAGUCCUUAUAUCCUAA